AUUCCCUUGUCUUUAACUAUAAACUACAUGAACAUAUGAAGGUAACAGAUUCCCUCGUCUUUAACUAUAAACUACAUGAACAUAUGAAGGUAACAGAUUCCCUUGUCUUUAACUAUAAACUACAUGAACAUAUGAAGGUAACAGAUUCCCUCGUCUUUAACUAUAAACCACAUGAACAUAUGAAGGUAACAGAUUCCCUUGUCUUUAACUAUAAACUACAUGAACAUAUGAAGGUAUAUAAACCGUACCAGGCCAGUGAAGCUGACCUGACUAGAUAUCAUUCAGAAGAAUAUGUCGAAUUCCUUCACAGGGUGACACCCCAUAAUAUUCAGGGAUUUGCCAAGAGUUUAUCUCAUUUCAAUGUGGGGGAGGAUUGUCCUGUGUUUGAUGGCAUCUAUGAUUUCUGCACAAAGUACACUGGUGCCACGUUGCAGGCUGCUACCUUGUUAAACAAUAAAUCCUGUGAUAUUGCAAUUAAUUGGUCUGGUGGUCUACAUCAUGCUAAAAGAGGUGAGGCGAGUGGAUUCUGUUUCAUCAAUGAUAUUGUUAUUGGAAUCCUGGAACUACUGAAAUAUCAUAAGAGAGUGCUGUACAUAGAUAUAGAUAUACAUCAUGGCGACGGAGUACAGGAAGCAUUCUAUCUAUCUGACCGUGUGAUGACCGUUUCCUUCCACAAAUAUGGAAAUAAUUUCUUCCCGGGCACAGGGGAUAUGUUUGAGAUCGGAGCAGACAAUGGAAAGUAUUACUCAAUCAAUGUACCUCUGAAAGAAGGAAUGGAUGAUCUGAGUUAUGAGCUCGUCUUUACUCCAAUCAUGGACAAUGUGAUCUCAUACUUUAGGCCGGAAGCCAUAGUACUACAGUGUGGUGCAGAUUCACUGGCAAAUGACCGGCUUGGCUGCUUUAAUCUCUCAAUUAAAGGGCAUGGAAGAUGCCUUGAGCAGGUGAAGAAAUACAAUCUACCUUUGAUGGUGCUUGGAGGAGGUGGAUACACAGUUAGAAAUGUAGCAAGAUGCUGGGCCUAUGAGACUGGUCUGUGUGUAGAUCAAGAUUUACCAAACCAACUUCCGCCAUCAGAUUAUAUUGAAUAUUUUGCACCAGACUUCUCACUACAUCCUCAGGUGAUAACCAAACAUGAAAAUGGUAACACAAGAGAACAACUAGACACUCUUGUGGUCAGCAUGCACAAACUUCUCAAAAUGCUGCAGCAUGCACCAAGUGUGCAAAUGCAGGAUGCGCCAGGUAGUCUCCCAGAACCUAAACCUGUAGAGGAUGAAGAUCUACCGGUCAAACCAGAACCUUACCUGGUGUAACAUGAGACACAUGCCCCCCACCAUCAUCAAGAUUAGGUCAUAGAGAGAUAUCAUAAACCAGUUUUACAAAAUCGUCUUAUUUAGGUCCUUGAAAUCUCUGCUAUCCUGCAAUUAUAAAAAAAAACUAUGUCUUUGGUGACUUUGACAAAUGUCAACAAAACUUUGUUUAUGUCCUUUGUUACAAUGACACAGGCAUUCUCCCACCAGCAUCAAGUCUAAUAUGAAGAGAAAACUCAUAAACCAGUUUUUAAAAAUCUUCUCAUUAAGUUUAAGUCCUUGCUCUUUCAAGCAUAAGUCAACAAAACUUUGUUUAUGUCAAUUGUAAGAAAGACACAGACAGUCUCCCCCUAUCAUCAAGAUUAGUACAAAAAGAAAACUGAUGAAUAAAGUUUUCAUACUAAACGCCAAUACAGUUUUAAGGUCCUUGAUAUCUUUGUAUCUCUGUAUCAUGAAGUUUAUUUCAUUGGUAACAUUGACACAGGCAGCCUCCCACUAACAUCAAAACUAAAAUUAGUACAAAAAGAGCACUGAUAUAAUACCAGUUUUUAAAUGCUUCGCCAAUUGAAGUAUACAAUCGACAUAUUUGUAAUUUUACAGUCAAAUUAAUUGUAAUAGUAUGCUUUUUAACAAAAUAUGAUUCAACAAGACUUUUUUAUGGCAUUUGUACCUUUUGUUAUGAUUAUGCGUCAACAAAAUAUAUUUUGUGAAUGAA